AUGGAGCGUAAAGUUAAAGAUUUGAUUAGAAAUUAUUCAAAUAUAUUGCUAGAAGCUCGUGGACAAUUACAAGAUAUACUUGGUAUGGAUUUAGUUGAACUACCAAUUAAAGAGAAAAAAGCAGUAAGAGGUGGUGCUAAUUCUAAGGCAAAUAAAGAGAAAUCAACAAGUAAAUCAUACAUGCUGGUUAAUACUCUUGCAGAAAAGUAUGAUGAGGAUUUAAGUGAAGUUAUUAAUUGGGAUAAAAAUAAUCAAUUGGAACAUAUGGGUGUUCUUUACGUUGUUCUAAGUGUGAUCUAUGUUAACGAUCAAUUAACACACUAUUUUAGACGUUUGCAUCUUUAUGAUGAUGGUCACGUUGAAUCUGAUGACAAUGUUGAUAUUGACGCAUUAUUACCAACUUUUAUAAAACAAGGAUAUUUGGAAAAAAACAAAACAGGGAUCAGAGAUCAAUCAUCAACAGAUAAUCCUGAUAGAGAGCAUGUUGAAUAUCGAUGGGGUCCAAGAGCAAAAAUAGAAUUUCCUGAAGAUAAAAUGAUUGAAUUUAUUAAAAAUGUGUAUGGUGAUGAUGUACCUAAUGAUAUUGAAAAAAGAAUAGAAAGAGUCGCUAAAAACUGGCCAGAAUAA